UUUCACUAUGGAGAUGUGGUGCGCAACUCCCUGACAGAAUCAAGUGUGUACAAAACAUCACCCGUACCCCAGCAUCACUUAGAUUACAUUUUUACUGAAGUGACAAAUUUACGAAGUGUUUUGUGUAGUUGCGAUACUUUUUGCCAUGGAGAGGUUUUAUUUUCUACUUUUUUGCCUGCUUUAUGUUCUGGUUAGUUUAAGCACUGGACAGCACCAUUUACGUGCGCGAAUGGGGCCAUGGAGACACAGAAUCCAAUGGGAGAACAACGGUCGGAUGUAUAGUUUACUCAGCACGGGGUCUGAAUAUCUCGCACCGGCACAGGCGAGGAAACUACCUGCUCAGCUCUAUCUGACCACCAAUAAUGAUUUCUAUAUACGUCACCCACCUACCCCGAGGGACACGGUGCCGGUGGCGGGAUACCCAGGAGCGCGUCCCCCUCCCCAAGGAGGCACCGGUUCCACUUCCAACGGUACUGAUUCCGGGGCUCUCCAGGAGUUCUCAGGCAGUGGGAUACCGAGGGGAGGACGAAACACUACUCGGGUUGAUGUCAGCCUGCCGGUUCGGCGACAGGUCUCUGUGUCACCGGUCAGAAGCGCAGAGAAGGCGCAUGAUCAGGGCACGAGCCAAGCGCGAAAUGAGACCCCAGAAGCAUCAGCCCACCCACCCACAUCUGGCUACGUGAAUAAUUCCGAGGAUGCAGACAACAGACAACGCGCCCAGCGCAUUGCCCAAGCAGCGGAUUCUAUUCCCUCAUCCAGACGCAUUCCAGCUCCAGAAUCAAAUACAUCUCCAACUGCGCUGAGUGCGCUUUCUAACAAUGGCGUGGAGGCGCACAUCACUCGCUCGCUGCCCCAGCAACCGAGGAGGGUUGAAAGUAAUAAUAUGAUAGGUGAUUAUGAUGAUCCCACGGACCCAAAUAAAAACCACCAAAAUUCUGUUUUUUAUAACGGAAGAACCAGAGAACCUGUGCGUCUUCCACCGGGAACAGGCUAUGGCACCAGAUUAUUUCAGAACGGUCUCCCAGACCUUGUCCCUGACCCCUACUAUAUCCAAGCUGCUUCCUAUAUUCAACGGGUACAGAUGUAUGCCCUGAGAUGUGCAGGGGAGGAAAACUGUCUGUCACGGUCAGCGUAUCGACCAGGUGUCAGAGACAUCGACUACAGGACUCUACUGAGGUUUCCUCAGAGGGUGAAGAACCAGGGGACUGCCGACUUCCUCCCAGUCAAACCCAGACACCAAUGGGAAUGGCACAGCUGCCACCAGCACUACCACAGCAUGGAGGCCUUCAGUAACUAUGACCUGCUGGAUGUCAUCACAGGCAGGAAGGUGGCAGAGGGACACAAGGCCAGCUUCUGUCUGGAGGACACGAGCUGUGACCCGGGAGUCCGCCGACGCUUCGCCUGCACAGCACACACACAGGGAUUGGGUCCUGGUUGCUAUGACACCUACAAUGCCAACAUUGAUUGUCAGUGGAUUGACAUCACAGACGUGCCACCAGGAAACUAUAUUCUCAAGGUGACGGUAAACCCAGCUAUGCAAGUGCAGGAGUCAGAUUUCUCAAACAACAUAGUGAAGUGUGACAUCAGGUACACAGGAAGCUAUGUCCAUGCCAGGAACUGUAGGAUCACUGGGAGUUAACCCUAAAUUGCUCUGAUGGAGGGGACCAUUUUCUGCUACCAUAUGCCUGCCAAUGAUAACCAAGCCAGACGAGUAACAUGUAUGGAUUUGUAUCAAUAUUUUUUGUUGAAGUCAGUAUUGACACCUGUCUUUCCUUAAGCACUUUCUGGCUUUUUAAAAUCAUCCAAUGCAUAUGUUCUUAGGUGUGAGCUGUGAUGUACUUAGCUACAGUAAGUAUUAAACAAGUUAUCCUCUUUGUAAUAAAGACAUGCACGUUCUGCAUGAAAGCAGCGGAGGUUGUAUACAGUAUGUCAAAGUUACAGUAGUAUAAUGCUAAGCUAAAGUGUAUACUAUGGUGCUGUGCAAACAUAGACAGAAGUCUUCGAAAGGCCAUUUCAAAUCAAACAAAUGUGUUUGUUUUGUGUCCCAAGUUGACGGUUAUUCCAAGAAAGUCAAUGGUGCUCUUGUCUCCUUUAGGCCAUUUCUAUUUUGAUGGAGAAUAAAUGCAGUAAACCAGGCACUGACCCUAAAGUUUAUGCUUAUUGAAAUGAGCCACACGUAUGUACUUUAUUUUUGUGAUUAUAUGUACAAUAUAUUCCUAUGGAUGGAUAAUAAAAUGCAUGGAUUUCUUUGCAUUCCUUUAUAGAUUCAAACUACUAAAACAGGCAUAAGAACACUAACUGCUACUGUCAAACAGUGUAUAUACUGGGUUUAAAAAUAUAUACAGUAUAUUUGGUUAUUUUGUAAUGAAAAUUGAUACUGUAUGU